CCCCUCCCUCCGGCCCCGCCCUCUCCCUAGCUCCUCCCCGCGGCGCGGCGCCCGGUCGAAGUCCGGCCCACGUGCGCGGCUGGCGGGAGUGCGCGUGCGUGGAAGCCGCGCCUGCGCACUGACGGCCGCGGCGCAGCGCUGCUCGGCGGCGCCGGCGCCGGGACCGGGCGGCCAUGGGGCGGCUGGCGGCCGGGACGCCGAGAGCCAGGUAGCGGCGGGGUCCGCGGGCUCGGCCCCGCGUGUACACGCCCCGCGGGCGCGUGGCGGACGGUGAGUGCGGGCCCGGAGCCGCCCCUCCUCAGAGCGCUCUUCUUGUGCCCGGAGCCGCCGAGGCCGGGGCUGGCGCGGGCAUCCGGGUUCGGGUCACCCGGCCGGCCCUGCCCACCUGCCCACCUGCCCUGGGAGUGAACGCUGGAGGCGCGGGUCGCCGCCUUCGGUCCGCAUGUGGCCUCGGUUCCAGCCCAGGGCGGGGCACGGGCCCGGGGGACAGGUCGGGGGAAUGGGCCGGGCUGGGUCCUGGGGACGGGACCUGGGGGACAGGCCAGGGAGAUGGGUAGGGGGAUGGACUUGGAAGACAGACCUAGGGGUGGGUAGGGGCAUGGUCCUAGGGCAGAGUGAGAAGGGUGAGAAGACCGGCUGGGGAUUGGGUCUGGGGCAGGGCUCCAGCGGGGGUCUGUACUGGUCCCUCUUGGUUUAAGCAAGGGGCCUUUGGCAGGUGAGAGCUCCCUGGUGGGAGGUAGCAAGUUAAGCAUUCUGUAUAGUAAUAUUGGUGUGGAAUUCUAUAAAAUCAGAUUUUUAACUUGGUACCCAGUACCUGCCAGAAAAUUGAAAAGCCCUCAAAAGCCCAUGGUGAUGUGCUUUGGGCAUCUGCCACCCAGUCCCAAUGUCAGUACCCACAAGCCCCUAACCUUGCGCUCUGAGCUGUUUGGUUUCCUAAUUGUGGGAACAGGGCUGCCGAGUGCCGUCUGAUGCUCUGGCCAUUCUCAUUCCUUAGCCAAGAACCCACCUCCCUUCCCGUCUCUCUUCCCUAAGCAGUGGAUUCCUUUGGCUUUAAUUCUGGAUAAUGAGUUAUUUUUCCUUUCUUGUUUUGGAACACACACUGUUUUAGUUCAAAACUUACUUAUUCUUGGCUCUUAAGGGAAAUGCUGUUCAAAAGUACUCAUUUGUUCCAUUUGUCACUGCUGGGCUUCGUCGAUACGAGGUUGACAAGCUUGCCUCAGUAAGUAAGCAGUUUUGAUAUCUUAGGCGUGUCUUAGGCAUACUUGAAGGACUCCCUGUUUCCUGAACACUGUCUUCCCAAACCUGUGGAGACUCUGUUCCCUUGUGAGCAUGGCAUGUUCUCUACAAUCACUUCUUCACUGUGACUUAGCCCCCCCCACAAUGUUGUCCUGCCAUGAUUCCAAGCUACAGUGUCAACAGGUGCCCAUGCACUGUCCGAUGAGGUAGGGGUAUUUGGAGGUGACCCUGGAGAAUGUUCGUUCUCCAGGAGACAAUUAUAGUGGUGCUGUGCAGUUCUUUCUGUUUUGUUUUUUCCUGCAGUACUGGGGAUCCAAUCCCGGGCCUCAUACAAGAGGCAAGAGCCCAGCCAUUGUGGGGAAUAGGUGGCAAACAGGACAGUGGUUCUUGUGGUUAAGUGAAACAAACCCUACAGGUGACCUGAGUUUACAACUGAAUGUCAGCUUCAUGUGGAGAAUGGAGAGGAGUGAUGGGCCCACAUCUUUGCUGCACUUGUUUUCCAGUCUGCCCCAUGCAGGUGGAACCACAUUUCUGUCCAGCCCCCUGCAGACCCAUGACCUGUUAAGCUUAGGUGCUCACAGGGUGGGCUCCAUGGUCGCAGUGCCCCAGGACUUUCCAUAGGCCUAGUAUGCUGCUAGCAUGGGUACACUUCUGUCACCUCCCUGCUACCUGAUGAGAUGGGCACUUAAUAAGCACAAACUCAGCAUUAAUGAGUGCAUUUGAGCACUUCCCCAUUUCUGUCACUAAUUUUCCUUUUCUUUUCUUUUCUUUCUUUUUUUGACACAGGGUUUUACUGUGUAGCCCAGGCUGGCUGGCCUCAAACUCACAAUCUUCCUGCCUCGGCCUCCCAAGUACUUAGAUUAAAGGCAUCAGUGCUUUUCUGACGGAAUUUCUCGUUUAUCAACUAUGGAAAUGGAACAAGAAAAGAUGAAUGUGAGUAAGGAGUUGAGUCCAGACUCAGCCUCCUUCUGCUGCUCAGCGUGCCAUGGGGAUGAGACCUGGAGCUACAGUCACCCUAUCCGGGGCCGGGCCAAGUCUCGGAGCCUGUCAGCCUCGCCUGCCUUAGGCACCCCCAAGGAGUUCAGGAGGACGCGCUCUCUGCAUGGGCCGAGCCCAGUGACCACGUUUGGACCAAAGGCCUGUGUGCUGCAGAAUCCACAGACCAUCAUGCAUAUCCAGGACCCUGCGAGCCAGCGGUUGACGUGGAACAAGUCUCCCAAGAGUGUACUCGUCAUCAAGAAGAUCCGCGAUGCCAGCCUGUUGCAGCCCUUCAAGGAGCUCUGCGUGUACCUCAUGGAGGAGAACAACAUGAUCGUGUAUGUGGAGAAGAAAGUGCUGGAAGACCCCGCCAUAGCGAGUGAUGAAAACUUUGGACCAGUGAAGAAGAAGUUCUGCACUUUCCGAGAAGAUUACGACGAUAUUUCCAACCAAAUAGACUUCAUCAUAUGCCUGGGAGGAGACGGGACCCUGCUGUACGCCUCCUCGCUUUUCCAGGGCAGCGUGCCUCCGGUCAUGGCGUUCCAUCUGGGCUCCCUGGGCUUCCUGACCCCAUUCAACUUUGAGAACUUCCAGUCCCAAGUUACUCAGGUGAUAGAGGGGAAUGCAGCUGUUGUUCUUCGGAGCCGGUUGAAGGUCAGGGUGGUGAAGGAGCUCAGAGGCAAGAAGAUGACCGUCCACAAUGGACUCAGUGAGAACGGCCUGCCAGCUCCAGGCCUGGACACAGAGGUCGGGAAGCAGGCCAUGCAAUACCAGGUCUUGAAUGAGGUGGUGAUCGACAGAGGCCCCUCCUCAUACCUGUCCAAUGUAGAUGUCUACCUAGAUGGACACCUCAUCACCACAGUGCAGGGCGAUGGAGUGAUCGUGUCCACCCCAACGGGCAGCACAGCGUACGCGGCUGCAGCCGGAGCCUCCAUGGUCCACCCCAAUGUGCCGGCCAUCAUGGUCACGCCCAUCUGUCCCCACUCGCUGUCAUUCCGGCCCAUUGUGGUCCCUGCUGGUGUUGAGCUGAAGAUUAUGCUGUCACCGGAAGCCAGGAACACUGCAUGGGUGUCCUUUGACGGACGGAAGAGGCAGGAGAUUCGCCAUGGAGACAGCAUCAGCAUCACCACCUCCUGCUACCCGCUGCCCUGCAUCUGCGUCCGAGACCCUGUGAGCGACUGGUUCGAGAGUCUCGCCCAGUGUCUGCACUGGAAUGUGCGGAAGAAGCAGGCUGACUUCACGGAGGAAGAGGAAGACGGCUAGACUGUGUUCCCGACUGCCUGUCUGAAUGGCACAGCCAUUCUGUCCCACCUGCCUGGUUGGGAAAGAGCCUGUGUCUGCCUUUUGCCGACAAGAUCAGCUUUUUAAUGUUUUUAAAUCUGAUUCUUUUUUCAUUUCUAAAGUCUAAAGAAGCAAAGUGAGAAUGGGGCUCGGCCUCCUGUGUCCCCCCCACAGCAGCCCCUUGUGAUUCCAGGUCAGAAACUGUCCAUAAAUCACUCUGUUGAAAUUCUGAGGAGUCAGAAUGAAUUGAUCUGCCCUUUGAUAUUGAAAUAAAUGUCUCAGCCAAAAGUCUUCCUAUAGCUGCGAUGCUUUUCCCCUAAAAUUCUCGGGGGCCCCUAGCGGCCUUGCUGUGGGUCGACAAGGCAGAAUUGCUUUGCUUCAGUGUCUGGGUGCCCCAGGCCCAGCUCUUCCAGAGCAGGCAGAGAGCCCCAGCUAGCCACCAACCCCACAUUCCUCACAUAGCAGGGCAGGUGUGGCUCCCGGGAAUAUGUUUUAAGUCCUGUUUGUACUUUUUAGAAAUUCUUUUACAUUUUCUGAAGUGCUUCUGUACUUAUUUUCUUGUACACACUUUUGUGAAGGUGAAGAUGGAGGACCUGUCCUGUGGUCCAGUGUUUACAGUGUGUCCAGUUGAGUGCAGAGGGUCCAGGAGGGGUUCUGUACUUCCAGGUUGUAAGCCUUUCUGUGGUGAUAAGGAUUCAAGGCAGACUUCCUAGUGGACGGCCAGGCCAAGGGUCAUUGCUCUUGCUUCCCUGUGAGUCUUGGGUUUGCAGCAAAACAGUGGCCACAUGGACCUGGUGUGUCAGCCCUGCAAGUGUGCAUGUAACACGUGAGUGUGUAGGCUGCAUAUGUGUGCCACACGGGCCCUGAAGCCUGUGGGGAGCCCAUGGUUUUCGUGACUUGCCUCAGUCCUGUGUAAGGCGGCUCCCUGGUUAGCUUUGGCAUGAUGUUUCAGAGUCGGUCAUCUGCUUUGAGUUUUGAUGUCACCUGUAAAAUGGCAAGAGGGCAUUCUUAGCCUGUCUUCCGGAGGGAAACCAGGCAUGAGUUUGCUGCAGCAGUGCUGACCGGGUUCUGAGCACUUUCUCCUUGGUGUUUACAAGGUACAAGUCCCACCAUCUUUUUCUGGCCUUCCUCUGAUCCUCAUCUACACCUCACACCUGUGAACCCUGUUCUGGGCAGCGGGCCUGACUUCAGGACCACCAAGUUGGGCGGGGAGGUGGCUCAUCCCUGGGGUAUACCCCGUCUGCCCUUCCCCACACAGGAGGCACCCUGCUCUAGAGCCCAAGACGUGGAACUUGGGUCCCUUGUCUAGACAUAGAGUAAGUGCUGGACCAGGUCCAGAGCAGCACUGUGGACUGAUGUAGAGCACUGGGAUUUUUGAAGUAAAUUCUUAAAUGUUUCAUAUUGUUAAUAUCUUAAAAAUUUGUUAAUUAUUGAUGAAAGCCUUAUAACUAUUUUCAGAUCCUUUCAAUAAACAGACUUGU